AUGACCUCCGAGUUCGACUUCGUCAUUGUAGGCGGCGGUACUGCCGGCCUGGUUCUGGCCACUCGCCUGUCGGAAGACGCCAACGUGCAGGUUCUCGUCAUUGAGGCAGGCGAGGAUCUUUCCGCGGACCCCCGGGUCAAGAUCCCUGCCAUGUGGCCGCAGCUCCAAGGUACAGACUCCGACUGGCAGCUCAAGAGUGUCCCACAGGAUGCAUUGGCCGGCAGAGAGAUGGCCAUUGCCCAAGGCCGCCUCCUUGGGGGGUCCAGUGCCCUCAACGCCAUGAACUUUGUUGUCGGCGCCAAGGAGGAUCUCGAGGCUUGGGCUCAGCUCGGCAACCCAGGCUGGGACUGGGAGAGCUUCUCGAAGCAUCUCAAGAAGACGUACACCGUGACGGACGGGCUCAAGACCGAGAAUGACGGUGCCAUUCAGACCAACAUUCCCGAGGAGGAGACCAAAUGGCCCCGGAUCUGGCGUGACACCUUGGCUGGGCUCGGAUAUCCCGCCUACAAUGACCCCGUCUCAGGCGACAUUCACGGCGUAGUCCUGUACCCCGACGCCGUCCAUCCCAAGACCAAGACCAGAAGCUACGCCAGCAAUGCGUACCUCGCUCCGGCCCAGGACCGUCCCAACCUAACCGUCUGGACCGGCGUCACGGUCGACAAAAUCCUGUUCGACAAGGCCGCCGACGACGCUGUGGCAACCGGCGUGCUGUACACCAAGAACGGCCAGACAUUGACCGUCGCCGCCCGCAAGGAAGUCAUCCUCUCGGCCGGCGUGUUCCACUCGCCUAAGAUCCUGGAGCUGUCAGGCAUCGGCGACGCCAAGCUGCUCCAAUCCCUCGGCAUCGACGUGGUCGUCGACAACCCCUACGUCGGCGAGAACCUGCAGCACCACCCGCUCAGCGUGCUGUCCUUCGAGACCGUCGACGACGGCGAGCCGGGCUUCGACACCAUCGACGCGCUCGCGCGACAGGACCCCGACGCCAUCGCCGCCGCCACAGCCGCCUAUUCCACCGGGCGCGGCCCCCUCUCCCGCACCAACUGCAACACCAUGGCCCACCUCCCCUUCCCAGGCCUGACCACCGACGCCGGCAAACGCGACGCCGAAGCCCUCCUCGCCACCCUCACCACCCCGCAGCAGCACACCAAAACCACACCCGCCUACACCGCCGCCGCGACCGCCCUCACCGCCGCCACGCUCACCACCCCGACCUCCGCAUCAGGCUACUACGUCUUCGUGCCGUGCCGCGCCCCGGAACCCUCCAACUCCCCCUCCCCCCCAUCCACAUCCACAUCCACACUCCCCUCCCCCUCCCAGCACAUCACCAUCGCCGCCCUGCUCACCCGCCCCCUCUCCCGCGGCUCCACCCACAUCACCAGCGCCAACCCGGCCGCCAAACCCGCCAUCGACCCGCGCUACCUCACCCACCCGGCCGACCGCGCCACGCUCGCCCGCCACGCCCGCUUCAUCGAGCAGACGCUGAGCGCGGCGGAGCCGUUGGCGGGGCGGUUGCGGUUGCGGCGCGAUGACGGGGCGGCGGGGCUCGCUUCUGAGGAUAUGGGGGAUGUGGAGGGGAGGUUUCUGAGCGAGAGGGCCGGGGCCUCGACGCUGUAUACGAGUACGUGCAGCAUGAUGCCGCGGGAGGUCGGGGGGGUGGUGGAUGCGGAGUUGAGGGUGUACGGGACGAGGAAUGUGCGGGUGGUGGAUGCGAGCGUGAUGCCGUUUAUUACGCGGGGGGAUACCAUGGCGACGGUGUAUGGGAUUGCGGAGAAGGCGGCGGUGGAGAUUAGGGGGGGGUUGUGA